GCAGUUCAGAAAAACGAUCAACUCUAAAAUGGAUAAAUCUGAAUUAAAAAAGAUAGAAAAGAAAAGGAAGAGGGAUCUCAAAGCGACUGAGAAAGCUCCAGCAGAAGAGACCGCAAUCAGCGAAAAAGAAGACACUCAAUUACCUGAAUUACCUGAAACUAACACUGAUUAUCAAGAUUUAACACCUGAACAAUGCUCUUUUAGUAAUUUAGAUCUCACAGAUGGUACAAGAAGUGCUAUUGAAGAAAUGGGCUUCUCACAAAUGACUGAAGUACAAGCAAAGACUAUCCCGCCACUCAUGGCUGGUAGGGAUGUUUUGGGUGCUGCUCACACAGGUUCAGGUAAAACUUUAGCUUUCCUUAUCCCUGCUAUUGAAAUGCUAUCAAGGUUGCACUUCAAACCGAGAAAUGGUACUGGUGCUAUCGUUAUUUCACCUACCAGAGAAUUAGCUUUGCAGAUCUUUGGUGUUGCAAAAGAUAUCAUGAAAAACCAUAAUCAAACAUUCGGUAUCAUCAUGGGAGGUGCUAACAGAAAAGCUGAAGCUGAUAAGCUCCAAAAAGGUGUUAACCUCAUCAUCGCAACACCAGGUAGACUUCUCGAUCAUUUACAAAAUACAAAAGGUUUCGUCUUCUCAAAUAUGAAGUCACUCAUUAUCGACGAAGCUGAUAGAAUUCUUGAAAUCGGUUUCGAAGAGGAAAUGAGACAAAUUGUUAAGAUUCUCCCAACCGAGAACAGACAGACAAUGUUGUUCAGUGCAACACAAACCACAAAAGUUACAGAUCUCGCUAGAGUUUCUUUAAGACAAGGUCCACUUUAUAUUAACGUACACGAAGAAAGAUCUGCUGCCACAAAUGAGCAACUUGAACAAGGUUACGUCGUUUGUGAAUCAGAUAUGAGAUUUCUCUUGUUGUUCACUUUCUUGAAGAAAAACCUCAAAAAGAAGGUCAUUGUUUUCUUCAGUUCCUGCAAUAGUGUUAAAUAUCACGGUGAAUUACUUAACUAUAUUGAUAUUCCUGUAUUGGAUCUUCACGGUAAGCAGAAGCAACAGAAGCGUACAAACACUUUCUUCGAAUUCUGCAACGCUCCUAAUGGUAUCUUGUUAUGCACAGAUGUUGCAGCAAGAGGUUUGGAUAUACCUGCCGUUGAUUGGAUUAUUCAAUUUGAUCCACCAGAUGAUCCAAGAGAUUACAUUCACAGAGUCGGUAGAACCGCAAGAGCUGGUAAAGCUGGUAAAUCACUCUUAUUCCUCUUACCAACUGAACUUGGUUUCUUGAGGUUCUUGAAAACUGCAAAGGUACCAUUAAACGAGUACAAUUUCCCUAAGGAGAAGAUCGCGAAUGUUCAAACUCAAUUAGAGAAGUUGAUUAAUAAGAAUUACUACUUACAUCAAUCAGCCAAGGACGGUUAUAGAAGUUACUUACAAUCAUACGCAUCAUACUCAUUGAAGAAGAUCUUCGAUGUUAACAGACUUGACUUGAAGAAGGUUGCAAAAGCAUUCGGAUUUUCAGUUCCUCCAAAGGUGAACAUCUCAUUAGGCAAUAGUCUUAAGACAUCGAAGGAUACCGCGGGCAAGAAAGGUAAAGGUAUGGAUAGACUCGAUGAUGAAGAGUUAGCUGCGAUUGAAGAUGCAGCUGAACAAUCCGACGAUCAAGAUGAACAAGACAAGCCAAAGAAGAGAAGAUCAAACAAGACUGGACAAUACAACAAACAAGGAGUUGAUAAAGGAGCAUAUAGACAACAAAAUAACAAGAAUGGUACACAAUGGAGUCGCUAGUGGUCUAUAAAAUUACAAUGCAAAUGAAACUUUCUUCUUCGUCUUAGGUUUAUCAUCCGGUUUGU